UUAUACUCUUGAAAGAUGAUGAAAAGAUCAGUAUUUGGGGCGUUCUUCUGAUCGGAAAUUUCUAUGCUUGUGGUAGAGCGUCUCUGAGGAAAGAGAGAAUUCAACUCUUGCACCAGACGGCUAAAGAAGAAGGGCUCUAAUUCUCUUAUACACAGUUUUCUUUUCAUCAAACUUGCAAUUUUCCUUGAUGGGUUUCGAUUUGUUUAGCACCAGAGUCUUUCUAUUGUUCUUGAUCUCAAUCUUUAGCCUUUUCGUCUUCGCCAAUGGGCAAUCAUCCCUCUACUACAUUUGUGGAACUGAGACACCCGAUGGGGAUUACGAAACUGAUCUCACUUCCCUCUUGGAUUCUCUAUCUUCUAAAGCUUCCACCUACACCUUCUACAAUGAUACCUUGAACCAAAUCUACAGCCUCUAUCUAUGCAGAGGCGAUGUUAACGCUACUACCUGCCAGAGUUGUGUGAAAACUGCAGGCCAAGAAAUCCAGGAGCAGUGCCAGUAUCAUAAAACAGCUAUCAUAUGGUAUGAUCAAUGCAUGUUACGUUACUCUAAUGAAGACUUCAUUGGAACUAUGAACACUUCUCCAGGCUUCUUAAUGUGGAAUGUGAACAACAGAACUGACCCCGAUGACAAGGAUGUGGGCGCUCUAUCUUUGAUGUAUAAGCUGGUGUCAGAAGCUCCAGAUUCGGAAGACAUGGUUUCCAUAAAAAACGAGACGUCCGUAAAUAACGCGUCUCUGAUGUUAUAUGGUCUAGCGCAGUGUACAAGAGAUAUCAGCGAUGCUUCAUGCAGUAGCUGUUUAGUGAAGCUGUCUUCGGAGAUUGACAAGUGUUGCCAAGAGAAGGUAGGAUGGCGUGUUCUGGGUCCAAAUUGCAAUAUAAGGUAUGAACGGUACCUCUUCUAUGAUGAAGUCUCUGCCGAUCCACCCGCACCUGCGCCUGCUCCCGAUAACCCAGGAGGGGGAGGAAACAACACCAUAAAGAUCGUGAUCAUCACCGUAUCAGCAAUAACAGGAGCUGCAGUUGUCUUGGGUUUCUUCCUUUGUUUUUCAAUCUUUAGCGGGAAGAGCAGAGGAGGUAUAUAUGAUUGA